UUUAUUUUUGGGUUGGAAAUAUAAAAAAUUUCAAAAUUGAGUAAUUUGCACUAUUCGAUCUGUUUUUAGCUUUGUUACAUGUAUAUUUUUUGAAUUUACGAAGUUAAUUUUCCCGGUUUUUCUCUAUAAAUACACAGUAAACAUGUUGAGAGGUUUCAAUUUCCCAGCGCUUUGAGCUCUCUUUUUCUCGUAAACUCUUUCUCAUAAACUCAUGAGCUUUUGCAGAUCCAGGCAAUUUCAUUCAAAAGAAAAGAACUUAUUCUCUCUAAAACCCUAAAUUUGAUCGCCAUUUUCUUUCCCCAUGGCUGCAAUGGACCCAGAGCUCAGUAUUGGGGUUUCUAAUCACUCUGGGUUUGGGAUAGGGGAGUUCGCAUUUGCCGAUGCUAACAAUUUGGAGCAUUGCACGAAGUAUCUGAACCAGACUCUGGUCACCUUUGGUUUUCCUGCUUCUCUUGAUUUGUUUGCUAAUGAUCCGGUUUCCAUUGCACGCACCUGUAACUGCAUAUAUGCGUUGCUCCAGCAGCGGAAGCGAGACAUUGAUUUUCGUGAGUCAUCCAAUGAACAGAGGCAACGAUUGCUGUCUGAUAUAUCAAGAUUGGAGGCUAAGGCUGAAAGACUCGAGGCACAGUUGGCAUCAAAGGAUCGAGAGUUAGCUUCUUUAACUCGCCAGGAGGCUAAAGCUGCUGCAUCAUUCAAGGCUCAAAUUGACAAGCUGCAGCAAGAGCGGGAUGAAUUUCAAAGGAUGGUUAUUGGCAAUCAGCAAGUUCGGACUCAACAAGUACAUGAAAUGAAGAAAAAGGAGAAAGAGUAUAUCAAAUUGCAGGAAAGACUAAACCAAGUUUUGAUGGAAAAAAAGAAAGAAUCCAGAUCAGGCAUGGAGAUCAUGAAUCUACUUCAGAAAGAGGGCCGUCAGCGCGGGACAUGGAACGGGAAGAAGGCUGAUGGUGAUUUUUAUAAAAUGAUUGUAGAUGCAUAUGAGGUUAAGAAGCAGGAGCUGAUGGCUGAGAAUGCUGAUCUGCGAGCAUUGUUACGUUCAAUGCAGGGGGACAUGAGGGAUUUUUUAAAUAUGCCAAACGGACUGCCGAAACAAAAUUCAGCUGUUAAUGGAAGAGUUGAUUCUGAUCCCCCACCAACUCCUUUAGGAGGACGUACGGAUGUCUUCGAUCUUCCUUUCCAUAUGGCCAGAGAUCAAAUUGAGGAGAGCCUACGGAAUAAAAUGGCAUCCAUAAAGGAGCGAAUGGUACAACUUCAGGAAGCACAAAAAGGGGCAGAAGUCACUUCUGAAGCUAGUGAGCGGGAGCUUGAGCUUGAAGCCCAACUAGUUGAAGCUCGGAGUAUCAUUCAAGAGCAGGCUUCUAUAAUGUCCAAACAUCUUUCAAAGUCUGAAAAUCCGAGGAGACUGAUGGGUCAUCUAGAUGUGGACCGGGAAGCGAUUCUUUCGACUCCAGUUGAGGUCUGCAUCUCAUGGAAGAAAGAAGCAGGGGGAUUUGGAUCGGACUUCUUUGAGAAAGUUGUCAAUGGAGAUAGAUAAAGACCACUUCGAGGGGCGUUAGGAUCCCUGGGGAACAGUUGUAAAGCUACGCAUUGGAGCUGUGUGUACAGCGAUGGUCCGAAGUUAUUUUUCCUGCGUUUCAAAUCUCGACAUCCGGGAUAAUUCUUGAUGAUGUGUCACGUUUUCCCCCAAUGUGUUAGCUAGAGCCACAUGAUCCUGGUUAUGAAGCUGGAAGCCGCAACUUCCUGCAUAUUUCAUGUAUGUAUACUAACUACAACUACUAAAUGUUAGGACAGAAGGUUAUGUAGCUGAAUACACUCUUGCUAUUAAUAUUAAGCUGCUUUUUCUUUCAUACAUGGCCGUGUAGCGAAGGAAAAUCAGGACAAUACAUGCUAAUGUUGGG